UUUUAUUUAUUGCUUAAAAAAGUGUUACAGCUUACAGCUGACAUCAAAAUAUCAAGUGCUUAUUUGAUUCAUAAAUUAAUCUUCAAAAAUUAUUGUUUAUUAUUGAAUUUUGAAGCAAUUUUAUAAUAAAUUUUACUGUUUUUAAAGAGCACUAUACCAUGGCCAUCAUAAAUAAAAAGAAGAAUUUGACAUUGACAAGUUGACAUAAAUUACGCAGUUAAUAAUCAAAUGGCAACAAAAACUGUAGCGACGGCAACGGUCCGGGCAGUUAAACGAAAAUUACUACCUACAAGGCAGGCUUUAAUAUUGACCCCCUCAGCAGUUAAUCGAAUAAAGGAAUUAUUAAAAGACAAGACUGAAUAUAUUGGUCUCAAAAUCGGUGUUAGGCAACGAGGUUGCAAUGGAUUAUCAUAUACUCUGGAUUAUGCCACGAAGAAAGGUAAAAAUCAACACAUUUUUAAUCAUUUUAAUACAACUUUUUAUAUUAUUUUAGAAAAUCUUGACGAAGAGGUAACUCAAGAUGGUAUAAAAGUAUUUAUCGACAAAAAGGCUCAAUUGACGUUACUGGGAACUGAAAUGGAUUACGUACAAAGCAAGUUAAGUUCAGAAUUUGUUUUUAAUAAUCCGAAUAUAAAGGGAACUUGUGGAUGUGGGGAAUCUUUUAGCGUGUGAUAUAAAGUGUUCAAAUAUUUAAUGAAAUUAAGUAGAUAAUUAUACUUAGAAAGCAAGUAGUAAAAUAUAAUACACCAAAGUGAAACUAGGGUACACUUAUUAUGCUACUGGCAUUUAGAUAGGAGUUUUAGGAAAAAAUUCUCAAGAAUAAAAGAAUAUAAAAUGAUAAACUCAUAUAUUUAAAAUAGAUAUUAUUUAAUUUA